AUGUCAUCGUUUCAACAAUUUGGUAAAGCCAAUUCAUUUGUCUGUACAUUUACCGUUUUCGUUUCUUUUUUUCUCUUUUUUCUCUUUCAUUCGGCUUUUAUUUUCUUCUGUUUCGUCAUAUUUCUUUCUUUCUUUCUUUUAUUUCUUCGCCUUUGGUACUUCUUUCCACCGUUUAUUCUUUCUUUGUCUAUGUGGAAAAUAUUCUUUUCCUUGUCCAUUAUUCCUUUUUUAUCUAUCUUAACCCGUUCAUUAUCUAUCUAUCUAUCUAUCUAUCUAUCUAUCUAUCUAUCUAUCUAUCUAUCUCAGCCUGUUCUCAUCUAUCUAUCUAUCUAUCUAUCUAUCUAUCUAUCUAUCUAUCUAUCUAUCUAUCUAUCUCAGCCUGUUCUCAUCUCUCUCUCUCUCUCUCUCUCUCUCUCUCUCUCUCUCUCUCUCUAUCUAUCUAUCUAUCUACAGGAAUCUUUUUGCGUUUCUUUUCUCAAAGAUGUACAUGAUGUCAUUCUCAUUAUAAAUUCUUGUGAGUUCUUUCUUCGAAAAAAUAUUCACGAUGCCAUCUUCAGCAAGGAUGCACGCGGCACCUUUCUCGUCAAAGAUCCUUGUGCUAGCUUUCACAUCAAAGACAGUCGCGAUGCCUUACACAUCGAAGACAUCCGUAGUACCUUUCUCGGCGAAGAAGCUCACGAUGCCAUUCUCAUAAUAAUCGCGAUGCCUUUCUCUUCAAAGAUGUAUUACAAGGAUGUGCGUAGUAGCUUCGUCCUUUUUGUUUCCAUUUUUUUAAAAACUUUCUUUCUUUCUACUCUAAUUCGUCUUUUUCUUUUCAUUUCUUCUCAAUUUUCUUUCUUUCUUUCUUUCUUUCUUCUCAAAUUCAUCUUUUUCUUUCUUUUCAUUUCUUCACAAUUUUCUUUCUUUCUUUCUUUCUUUCUUUCUUCUCAAAUUCGUAUUUUUCUUUCUUUUCAUUUCUUCUCAAUUUUCUUUUCUUUCUUUCUUUCUUUCUUUCUUCUCAAAUUCGUCUUUUCUUUCUUUUCAUUUCUUCUCAAUUUUUCUUUCUUUUUUCUUAAUUUUUUCUUUCUUUCUUUCUUCUCAAAUUCGUCUUUUUCUUUCUUUUCAUUUCUUCUCAAUUUUCUUUCUUUCUUUCUUUCUUUCUUCUCAAAUUCGUCUUUUUCUUUCUUUUCAUUUCUUCUCAAUUUUCUUUCUUUCUUUCUUUCUUCUCAAAUUCGUCUUUUUCUUUCUUUUCAUUUCUUCUCAAUUUUCUUUCUUUCUUUCUUUCUUUCUUUCUUCUCAAAUUCGUCUUUUUCUUUCUUUUCAUUUCUUCUCAAUUUUUUUUCUUUUCUUUUCUUUCUUUCUUCUCAAAUUCGUCUUUUUUCUUUUCUUUUCAUUUCUUCUCAAUUUUCUUUCUUUCUUUCUUUCUUUCUUUCUUCUCAAAUUCGUCUUUUUCUUUCUUUUCAUUUCUUCUCAAUUUUCUUUUCUUUCUUUCUUUCUUUCUUCUCAAAUUCGUCUUUUUCUUUCUUUUCAUUUCUUCUCAAUUUUCUUUUCUUUUCUUUCUCAAAUUCGUCUUUUUUUUCUUUUCAUUUCUUCUCAAUUUUUUUCUUUCUUUCUUUCUUUCUUUCUUCUCAAAUUCGUCUUUUUCUUUCUUUUCAUUUCUUCUCAAUUUUCUUUCUUUCUUUCUUUCAAAUUUCUUUUUAUUUCUUUUCAUUUUUUUCUUUUUCUUUCUUUUCUUUUUUCUUCUCAAAUUUUUCUUUCUUUUCAUUUUCCUCAUUUUUCUUUCUUUCUUUCUUUCUCUCAAAUUCGUCUUUUUUUCUUUCUUUUCAUUUCUUCUCAAUUUUCUUUCUUUCUUUUCUUUCUUUCUCAAAUUCGUCUUUUUCUUUCUUUUCAUUUCUUCUCAAUUUUCUUUCUUUCUUUCUUUCUUCUCAAAUUCGUCUUUUUCUUUCUUUUCAUUUCUUCUCAAUUUUCUUUCUUUUCUUUCUUUUUUCUUUCUUCUCAAAUUCGUCUUUUUUUCUUUCUUUUCAUUUCUUCUCAAUUUUCUUUCUUUCUUUCUUUCUUUCUUUCUUCUCAAAUUCGUCUUUUCUUUCUUUUCAUUUCUUCUCAAUUUUUCUUUCUUUUCAAUUUUCUCAAAUUUCUUUUCUUUCUUUUCAUUUCUUCUCAAUUUUCUUUCUUUCUUUCUUUCUUUCUUCUCAAAUUCCUUUUUCUUUUUUUCAUUUCUUCUUUUUUUCUUUCUUUCUUUCUUUCUUCUCAAAUUCGUCUUUUCUUUCUUUUCAUUUCUUCUCAAUUUUCUUUCUUUCUUUCUUUCUUUUUUCUUCUCAAAUUCGUCUUUUCUUUCUUUUCAUUUCUUCUCAAUUUUCUUUCUUUCUUUCUUUCUUUCUUUCUUCUCAAAUUCGUUUUUUUUUCUUUUCAUUUUUUCUCAAUUUUCUUUUUUUUCUUUUCUUUUUUCUUCUCAAAUUCGUCUUUUUCUUUCUUUUCAUUUCUUCUCAUUUUUUCUUUCUUUCUUUCUUUCUUUCUUUUUUCUCUAAUUUCUUUUUCUUUUCAUUUCUUCUCAAUUUUCUUUCUUUCUUCUUUUUUUUUUCUUUCUUUCUUCUCAAAUUUCUUUUUCUUUCUUUUCAUUUUCUUCAAUUUUCUUUCUUUUUUUUUUUUUUUUUUUUUCUUCUCAAAUUCGUCUUUUUUUUCUUUUCAUUUCUUCUUUUUUUCUUUUCUUUCUUUCUUUCUUUCUUCCUUCUCAAAUUCGUCUUUUUCUUUCUUUUCAUUUCUUCUCAUUUUCUUUCUUUUCUUUCUUUUUUCUUUCUUUCUUUCUUUCUUUCUUCUCAAAUUCGUCUUUUUCUUUCUUUUCAUUUCUUCUCAAUUUUUUUUCUUUCUUUCUUUCUUUCUUUCUUCUCAAAUUCGUCUUUUUCUUUCUUUUCAUUUCUUCUCAAUUUUCUUUCUUUCUUUUUUUCUUUCUUUUUCAAAUUCGUCUUUUUUUUUUUUUUUCAUUUCUUCUCAAUUUUCUUUCUUUCUUUCUUUCUUCUCAAAUUCGUCUUUUCUUUCUUUUCAUUUUCUUCUCAAUUUUCUUUUUUUUCUUUCUUUCUUUCUUCUCAAAUUCGUCUUUUUCUUUCUUUUCAUUUCUUCUCAAUUUUUUUCUUUCUUUCUUCUCAAAUUCGUCUUUUUCAUUUUCUUUCAAUUUUCUUUCUUUCUUUUCUUUCUUUCUUCUCAAAUUCGUCUUUUUCUUUCUUUCAUUUCUUCUCAAUUUUCUUUCUUUUUCUUUCUUUCUUUCUUCUCAAAUUCGUCUUUUCUUUCUUUUCAUUUCUUCUCAAUUUUCUUUUCUUUCUUUUUUCUUUCUUUUUCAAAUUUCAUUUCUUCUCAAUUUUCUUUCUUUCUUUCUUUCUUCUCAAAUUCGUCUUUUUCUUUCUUUUCAUUUCUUCUCAAUUUUCUUUCUUUCUUUCUUUCUUUCUUCUCAAAUUCGUCUUUUUCUUUCUUUUCAUUUCUUCUCAAUUUUCUUUCUUUCUUUCUUUCUUUCUUUCUUCCUUCUCAAAUUCGUAUUUUUCUUUCUUUUCAUUUCUUCUCAAUUUUCUUUCUUUCUUUCUUUCUUUCUUUCUUUCUUCUCAAAUUCGUCUUUUUCUUUCUUUUCAUUUCUUCUCAAUUUUCUUUCUUUCUUUUCUUUCUUUUCUUCUCAAAUUCGUUUUUCUUUCUUUUCAUUUCUUCACAAUUUUCUUUUUCUUUCUUUCUUUUCUUUCUUUCUUUCUUCUCAAAUUCGUCUUUUCUUUCUUUUCAUUUUCUUCUCAAUUUUUUUCUUUCUUUCUUUCUUUUCUUCCUUUCAAAUUUGUAUUUUUUCUUUUCUUUUCAUUUCUUCUCAAAUUCGUCUUUUUCUUUCUUUUCAUUUCUUCUCAAUUUUCUUUUCUUUCUUUCUUUUUCUUUCUUUCUUCUCUUUCUUUCUUUUUUUCUUUCUUUCAUUUCUUUCAAUUUUCUUUUUUCUUUCUUUCUUUCUUUUUUUUUUCUUCUCAAAUUCGUCUUUUUUUCUUUUCAUUUUUUCAUUUCUUCUCAAAUCCGUCUUUUUCUUUCUUUUCAUUUCUUCUCAAUUUUCUUUCUUUCUUUCUUUCUUUCUUUCUUCUCAAAUUCGUCUUUUUCUUUCUUUUCAUUUCUUCUCAAUUUUCUUUCUUUCUUUCUUUCUUUCAAAUUCGUCUUUUCUUUCUUUUCUUCUUCUCAAUUUUCUUUCUUUCUUUCUUUCUUUCUUCUCAAAUUUCUUUUCUUUCUUUUCAUUUUCAAUUUUCUUUCUUUCUUUCUUUCUUUCUUCUCAAAUUCGUCUUUUUCUUUCUUUUCAUUUCUUCUCAAUUUUCUUUCUUUCUUUCUUUCUUUCUUUCUUUCUUCUCAAAUUGUCUUUUUUUUUUUCUUUUCGUCAAUUUUUUUCUUUCUUUUCUUCUUCAAAUUUUUUCUUUCUUUUCAUUUCUUUCAUUUUUUUUCUUUCUUUCUUUCUUCUCAAAUUCUUUUUCUUUCUUUUCAUUUUCAAUUUUCUUUUUCUUUCUUUUCUUUCUUUCUUCUCAAUUCUGUUUUUUUCUUUUUUUUUUUCUUCUCAAUUUUCGUUUUUUUUUCUUUUUUCUUUCAUUUCUUUCUUUUCAUUUUCUUCUCAAUUUUCUUUCUUUCUUUUCUUUCUUCUCAAAUUCGUCUUUUUCUUUCUUUUCAUUUUUUCUCAAUUUUUCUUUCUUUCUUUUCUCAAUUUUUCUUUUUUUCUUUCUUUUCUUUCUUCUCAAUUUUCUUUCUUUCUUUCUUUCUUUCUUUCUUCUCAAAUUCGUUUUUUUUCUUUCUUUUUUUCUUUCUUUCUUUUCUUUCUUUCUUUUUUCUUCUCAAAUUCGUCUUUUCUUUCUUUUCAUUUCUUCUCAAUUUUCUUUCUUUUUUCUUUUCUUUCUUUCUUUCUUUCUUUCUUUCUUCUCAAAUUCGUCUUUUUCUUUCUUUUCAUUUCUUCUCAAUUUUCUUUCUUUCUUUUCAUUUCUUCUCAAAUUCGUCUUUUUCUUUCUUUUCAUUUCUUCUCAAUUUUCUUUUCUUUCUUUCUUUCUUUCUUUCUUCUCAAAUUCGUCUUUUUCUUUCUUUUCAUUUUCUUCUCAAUUUUCUUUCUUUCUUUCUUUUUUCUUUCUUCUCAAAUUCGUCUUUUUUCUUUCUUUUCAUUUCUUCUCAAUUUUCUUUUUUCUUUCUUUUUUUCUUUCUUUUCUUUCAAAUUUCUUUUUCUUUCUUUUCAAAUUUUCUUUUCUUUCUUUCUUUUUCAUUUCUUUUCUUUCUUUCAUUUCUUUCAAUUUUCUUUCUUUCUUUUCUUUCUUUCUUUCUUCUCAAAUUUUUCUUUUUCUUUUCAUUUUUCUUUCAAUUUUCUUUCUUUUCUUUUUCUUUCUUUUCUUCUCAAAUCCGUCUUUUUCUUUUCUUUUUUUCUUUCAAUUUUUCUUUCUUUUCUUUCUUUCUUUCUUCUCAAAUUCGUCUUUUUCUUUCUUUUCAUUUCUUCUCAAUUUUCUUUCUUUCUUUCUUUCUUUCUUCUCAAAUUCGUCUUUUUCUUUCUUUUCAUUUCUUCUCAAUUUUUUUCUUUCUUUCUUUCUUUCUUUCUUUCUUCUCAAAUUCGUCUUUUUCUUUCUUUUCAUUUCUUCUCAAUUUUCUUUCUUUCUUUCUUUCUUUCUUCUCAAAUUCGUCUUUUUCUUUCUUUUCAUUUCUUCUCAAUUUUCUUUCUUUCUUUCUUUCUUUCUUUCUUCUCAAAUUCGUCUUUUUCUUUCUUUUCAUUUCUUCUCAAUUUUCUUUCUUUCUUUCUUUCUUUCUUCUCAAAUUCGUCUUUUUCUUUCUUUUCAUUUCUUCUCAAUUUUCUUUCUUUCUUUCUUUCUUUCUUUCUUUCUAAUUUCUUUCUUUUCAUUUCUUCUCAAUUUUCUUUCUUUCUUUCUUUCUUUUUCUCAAAUUCGUCUUUUUCUUUCUUUUCAUUUUUCUCAAUUUUCUUUCUUUCUUUUCUUCUCAAAUUCGUCUUUUUCUUUCUUUUUUUUCUUCUCAAUUUUUCUUUCUUUCUUUCUUUCUUUCUUUCUUUCUUCUCAAAUUCGUCUUUUUCUUUCUUUUCAUUUCUUCUCACCUCACUUUUCUUUCUUUCUUUCUUUCUUUCUUUCUUCUCAAAUUUGUUUUUUCUUUCUUUUUAUUCUUUCUCACUUCUCAUUUCUUUCUUUCUCAUUUUCUUUCUUUCUCAUUUUCUUUCUUUUUUUAUUCUUUCUUUCUUCUCAAAUCUGUCUUCUUUCUUUUCAUUUGUUCUUAGCUCUUUUUUCUUUCUUUCUUUUUUCUUUCUUCUCAGAUUUGUUUUUGUCUUCUUUCUUUCUUUCUUUCCAAAAUGUCGCCUUUUCAUUGCAGCCUUUCUUUGUAAUUUUUUUUCGCUUUCUUAGUUUGUCAUCAGGUUUCAUUCAUUCAUUCAUUUUUUUCCAAAUUAUUUCUCUCUUUCAGGCUUGCGUUGAAACAACAGUUCUCCUAGCUAGCUAUUUCUAUUUCUAUCUAUCUAUCUAUCUAUCUAUCUAUCUAUCUAUCUAUCUAUCUAUCUCAGUUUAUUCAUAUCUAUCUAUCUAUCUAUCUAUCUAUCUAUCUAUCUAUCUAUCUAUCUGUCUAGCUUUAUCUCUGUCUCUCUCUAUCAUUCUUAUUCUGUUUCUAUCUAUCUAUCUAUCUAUCUAUCUAUCUCAGUUUAUUCAUAUCUAUCUAUCUAUCUAUCUAUCUAUCUAUCUAUCUAUCUCAGUUUAUUCAUAUCUAUCUAUCUCAUAUCUAUCUAUCUAUCUAUCUAUCUAUCUAUCUAUCUCAGUUUAUUCAUAUUUAUUCAUCUAUCUAUCUAUCUAUCUAUCUAUCUAUCUAUCUAUCUCAGUUUAUUCAUAUCUAUAUCUAUCUAUCUAUCUAUCUAUCUAUCUAUCUAUCUAUCUAUCUAUCUAUCUAUCUAUAAUUUUAUUUACCCUUUCUUUCACACAUCUCUCUCUCUUUUUUUUCUUCCUUUCUAACUUUAUCUCUAUCUCUCUAUAUCAUUCUUAUUCUGUUUCUAUCUAUCUAUCUAUCUAUCUAUCUAUCUAUCUAUCUAUCUAUCUAUCUAUCUUACAUUUAUUUCUUUCUUACACCCAUUUCUUUCUUUCUUUCUUUCUUUCUUUCUUUCUUUCUUUCUUUCUUUUUUCUUUCUUUCUUUCUUUCUUUCUUUCAUCCAUUUCCUUCUUUCUGACACCAAUUUUUUGUUUGUUCCUUUCUUUCUUUCUUUCUCCAUUUUCAUCAAAUUACUUCGAUUCUUUUUUUUAUUUUAACCUUUCUUCCCCCCCGCAUUAUUUCAUACCCAGUAUCUUUCUACUCAUCACCCACCAGCAUUGA